CUUAUGUAUUUGUGGCGUUUUAGCCUUCUCGGGAAUGACGCUGGCAACAAUAAAGUUAGCAAUAUGGCGGCGCCCAAGUUGCAGCUCACGGCAUUGGCAUAGUUGCGGCAGAGUAGGCUGUGGUGACAAUUUCUAGGGACGGCAUGCAAUCCUUAGGCUCAGCUUUGAUGGCAAAUAGCAUGUCACUUCUACUAGGCCUGGGUUCAGGCCUCACCCUGGGUUGGUUGCUGGGAGCGAGGUUCGGACUCCGCAGCGGCCUGUCGAAGCUCUUGGGCUGCUCUGGCGGGGUGACGAUACGGGACACCGGCGAGUGCGUCGGCGCCGACAGCAGCGACUACAAGCUGGUGCUGGUGGUGCGCGGCGACAUCAAGAUGGAGAAGGGCAAGGCGGCCGCCCAGUGCUCGCACGCCGCCGUGCUCGCCUACAAGCAGGCGCAGAGGGACGCGCCCGGCUCGCUGCGCCAGUGGGAACGCCAGGGACAGCGAAAGGUGGUGCUUCGCGCAUCGACGGAGGACGAGAUGCUGUCGCUGGCGAGCGAAGCGCGCGCCAAGGGCCUCAUCACGAGCCUAGUGCGGGACGCCGGCCGCACCCAGCUGGCGCCAGGCACCCGCACCGUGCUGGGUGUUGGGCCGGCACCCGAGCAAGUCAUCGACACCGUCACGGGACACCUCAAGCUCUACUAAGGAACCUCGCCCUCGCGGACCUCGUGCGCCGACGCUCAUGAACAAGUGUUGUGACGCUGAUGCGCUCGCAUCAAGCGGAUGUUCCUCAGGGUCGUCCAACAGCCUCAGCAGUCCAUCCCUAGCUGUGCUUGUGCAUCACUCAUUGCCACGCUUGCGGUCCGUGGGCCUGACAUUCCUCGAUUGGCAAUCGUGAGACUUUCGGCGGUUCGCAAGCGAGACGAGUUGCAAGCCUUCGGUGGUGUUUGAGCUGAAACGUUGAAGGCAGACAUCGAAGGCCGUCGUGUUCCUUGCUUCAGCCCGACAGAUGGUGCUAGGGACUGGCCUUGGCAAACGGCGUAAUAUUGCCACGCGUUCGACCAAAGAGACGCUGCCGCUGACGCGGUGGCGACCAUGUAUUGCACGGGCGCCGCCUACGUGACGUGCCAUGCAACCUGUGAUUAUGUUUUCAGGUUCUCGAGGUCCUCUACGUUAAAACGCUUCUGGUGUACAGGCCGCCGUGCUUCAAGAGGAGAAAACAGUCGCACUGCAAUCCGGGCGUCUCGGGUAAGCGUCGCCGUAUACUGGGACUGAGAGGAGAGGCGACAAAUGCUGUGUCCUUGUUCGUUUCGUAACUUCUUUUUCUGAUGUGAACUGUCCGUUAAACUAACCAAUAUACCUAGAAGCAACACUAUCGAAACAUUUUAAUGGUUCGUUCUCGAUUUUUAGUAAAGUCACUGAAGUGACUCGUUCUGAAUAUAUGUCGUCGUCACGCGAGCUCGGAGCGUGUUGCGACACGUACUCGUUCAAGUCUCCUUCGCAAUAAAAGCGCACAAGACGUUCCGAGUA